GUGUCACGGGGCGGGGCGGGGCGAGCGCAGCGCGGCGCGGCUCUUCGGGCCUGGCUUCCCGGCAUCACAACCUCCGUCUCGUACCCAGUACCGGCGCGGCCCGGCCAGGCCCCAUGUACCGUGCGCUGUAUGCGUUCCGCUCGGCGGAGCCCAACGCCAUGGCGUUCGCUGCGGGCGAGACCUUCCUGGUGUUGGAGCGCAGCAGCACGCACUGGUGGUUAGCUGCACGGGCGCGCAGUGGCGAGACGGGGUACGUGCCGCCUGCCUACCUGCAUCGUCUGCAGGGCAUGGAGCAAGAUGUCCUCCAAGCAAUUGACCGGGCCAUUGAGGCUGUGCACAACGCAGCCAUGCGGGACGGUGGCAAGUACAGUCUGGAGCAGCGUGGAGUCCUGCAGAAGCUCAUCCAUCACCGGAAAGAAACAUUGUCUCGCAGGGGUCCGUCGGCCUCUAGUGCGUCAGUUAUGACCCAAAGCACCAGUGACCACCAUUUGGAUGCUGCUGUAUCUAGGCAGCCCAAUGGGGUGUGUCGAACAGGGUUUGAACGGCAGCGCAGCCUGCCCAGUUCUGAGCAUCUUGGGACGGAUGGAGUCCUCUACCAGGUCCCACCACAGCCUCGCCGGGCAGCACCUGCCACCCCACCCCCACCAGUUAAGCGCCGAGAUCGUGAGGCCCUGGUGAUCUCAGGGAGCGGGGGCCGCACCUCAGUACCCUCCGGGGGUAGUUCUGUGUCCAGUGGCUCAUCCGUCAGCAGCACCUCCAUGGACACACUCUAUACUGCUUCCAGCCCCUCAGAGCUAGGUCCCAGCUGCUCACCCACACCCCCACCUGUACCUCGCCGAGGUGCCCACACCACUGUGUCCCAGGCCCAGCCCUCUCCCUCCAAGGCACCGUCCCCUGAGCCUCCUGUAGAGGAGGUGGCAGCUGAUACAAACUCAGCCCCUGACGACCCUGAAGCGCUGGAUGCACUGAGCCUGGAGACCACAGAGGAGAAGCCAGCUGCUGAGACAGUUGUGCCAAGGACCAUUGGGGCAGAGCUGAUGGAGCUCGUGCGGAGAAACACCGGCCUGAGCCAUGAAUUAUGUCGUGUGGCCAUUGGUGUGGUGGUGGGUCACAUACAGGCCUCCGUACCAGCCAGCUCAUCUGUCAUGGAGCAGGUCCUCCUCUCUCUGGUAGAGGGCAAGGACCUGAGCACAGCCCUACCUUCAGGACAGGUCUGCCAUGACCAGCAGAGACUCGAGGUGAUCUUUGCGGACCUAGCUCGAAGAAAGGAUGACGCCCAGCAGCGCAGCUGGGCACUGUAUGAGGACGAGGACGUCAUCCGCUGCUAUUUGGAAGAAUUGUUGCAUAUCCUGACUGAUGCAGACCCUGAAGUUUGCAAGAAAAUGUGCAAAAGGAAUGAGUUUGAGUCUGUCCUGGCCUUGGUGGCCUAUUACCAAAUGGAACACCGAGCAUCACUGCGGCUGCUGCUCCUCAAAUGCUUCGGUGCCAUGUGCAGCCUAGAUGCCGCGAUCAUCUCCACUCUUGUAUCGUCCGUGCUGCCUGUGGAAUUGGCACGAGACAUGCAGACCGACACACAGGACCACCAGAAGCUCUGUUACUCCGCUCUCAUCCUGGCCAUGGUCUUCUCCAUGGGAGAGGCAGUGCCCUAUGCACACUAUGAACACCUGGGCACACCCUUUGCCCAGUUUCUGCUAAGCAUCGUUGAGGACGGCCUUCCAUUGGACACCACAGAGCAGCUGCCAGACCUCUGCAUGAACCUGCUUCUGGCUCUCAACCUGCACCUGACAGCUCCUGACCAGAACGUCAUCAUGGCUGCCUUGAGCAAACACACCAAUGUUAAGAUCUUCUCUGAGAAGCUGCUUUUGCUCCUGAACAGAGGAGAUGACCCUGUGCGCAUCUUCAAACAUGAGCCACAGCCACCACACUCUGUCCUCAAGUUCCUGCAGGAUGUGUUCAGCAGCCCUGCCACAGCUUCCAUUUUCUACCACACAGACAUGAUGGCACUGAUUGACAUCACUGUGCGGCAGAUUGCGGACCUGUCACCUGGAGACAAGGUGCCUGGAGGUUGCUGCAGUGGGGACGGGAGCUGAGUGACAUCGUAACCAAAGUGGGGUGACUGUGACAUUAGUGGAGGUGAGGGAG